AUGACCGACCAGGAGAACAACAACAGCGGCGGCGGCAUGUCCGGCAACCCCUUCGCCGCCCUCUUCAGCUCCGUGGCCGACGCCAAGCAGUUCGCCGCCACCCAGAAGCAGCCGCCGCAGCCGACGCCGUUGAGGCCGCCCGCGGGUGAGAGGCCGGCGCGCCCCGGGGAAGGGAAGGAGGGCACGGAGCGGGCGGGCCGAGCGAGCCUGGCGCCGCGGGCCCUGGGUGGGCUAGACUUCUCGUUGACCAACUGUCCUCCUGCAGUGGAAGAAACCUCCGCCAGCCAGGAUGAGUCCGACAACAGCGUGUCUGAAAGUCUGGACGACUGUGACUAUUCGGUGGCUGAGAUCAGCCGCUCCUUCCGCUCGCAGCAGGAGCUCUGUGAGCAGCUGAACAUCAACCACAUGAUCCAGAGGAUCUUCCUGAUCACUCUUGACAACAGUGAUCCUAGUCUGAAAAGCGGCAAUGGGAUUCCCUCGCGCUGUGUAUACCUGGAGGACAUGGCAGAGGAGCUGGAGGACCAGGACUGGCUGGACAUGGAGAAUGUAGAGCAGGCACUCUUCACUCGUCUGCUGCUCCCAGAACCAGGGAAUCACUUGAUUUACAUGACUGCCACCACCACACCGAACCUCUCCGCGGAAAGAGAGGCAGGGGAGAAGCACAUUCUGCAGUAUCUCUUUGCUUGCUUCCAGAGAGCAAAAGAGGAGAUCACCAAAGUGCCAGAGAACCUUUUGCCCUUCGCAAUGCGCUGUCGUAAUCUGACAGUGUCCAAUACCCGCACAGUCCUCCUCACACCAGAGAUUUACAUCAACCAGAACGUCUAUGAGCAGCUGGUGGACUUGAUGCUGGAGGCAUUGAGAGGAGCUCACUUUGAAGAGGUAACUGAGUUCCUGGAAGAGGUCAUAGAAGUCAUUACCAUGGAUGAGGAAGUGCGGACAUUUGGGGAGGUCAUGGUGCCUGUCUUUGACAUCCUUUUGGGACGGAUCAGAGAACUGCACCUUUGCCAGAUCCUCUUGUAUUCCUACCUGGACGUGCUCCUUUACUUCACCAGACAAAAGGAUAUCGCCCAGGUCUUUGUAGAAUACAUACAGCCAAAGGACCUAACCAAUGGGCAGCUGUACCAGAAGACUUUGCUGGGGACCAUCUUGAAUAUUUCAUGCUUGCUGAAGACUCCUGGUGUUGUUGAGAACCAUGGCUACUUCCUGUCCCCAUCUCGGUCCAGUCCUCAGGAGAUCAAAGUGCAGGAAUCCAACAUACAUCAGUUCAUGUCCCAGUUCCAUGAGAAGAUCUACCAGAUGCUGAAGAACCUGCUGCAGCUGUCCCCACAGACCAAGCACCGGAUCCUGUCCUGGCUUGGGAACUGCCUGCAUGCCAACGCAGGCCGCACCAAGAUCUGGGCCAACCAGAUGCCAGAGAUCUUCUUCCAGAUGUAUGCCUCAGAUGCCUUCUUCCUGAACUUGGGGGCUGCCCUCCUCAGGCUGUGCCAACCCUUCUGUAAGCCCAGGUCUCCCCGGCUCCUCACCUUUGACCCCACCUACUGUGCUCUGAAAGAGCUAAAUGAGGAGGAGCAGCGGAGCAAGAAUGUGCAUCUGAUAGGUCUGGAAAAGGAGACCUGCUUGAUCCCAGCUGUGACAGACCAGGAGCCCGAGUUUGCUCCCAGCUACAACCUGGUGACGGAGAACUUGGUGCUGACCCAGGACACACUCCACCUGGGCUUUCACAGGUUGCAUGACCAGCUGAUCAAAAUCAACCAGAGCCUCCAUCGGCUGCAGGUGGCCUGGCGAGAGGCUCAGCAGAGCUCCAGCCCCACGGCGGACGGCCUUCGGGAGCAGUUUGAGCGCCUCAUGACCAUCUAUCUCUCCACCAAAACUGCCAUGACUGAGCCACAGAUGCUACAGAACUGCCUCAACCUGCAGGUGUCCAUGUCACUUCUCCUGGUCCAGCUGGCCAUCGGAAACCAAGGCACCGAGUUUGCAGACCUGACAUUCCCGCUGCCAGAAGUGAAGGAGAGUGCACUGGCCUAUGUCCCAGAGUUCUUUGCUGAUAACUUGGGUGACUUCUUCAUUUUUCUGCGCCGCUUUGCUGAUGACCUCCUGGAGACGUCGGGUGACUCCUUGGAGCGUGUCCUGGACUUUGUGACUGUUUUUACUGGGGAUGUGGGCAGGAUGAAGAACCCACAUCUGCGUGCCAAGCUAGCAGAGGUUCUGGAGGCCGUCAUGCCCCACUUAGAUCCGGUGCAGAACUCCCUUGUCUCCAGCGUCUUCCAUCGUAAGAGGAUCUUCUGCUCCUACCAGCACGCUGCCCACUUGGCUGAGGCGCUCAUCAAGGUCUUUGUGGACAUUGAAUUCACAGGAGAUCCCCAUCAGUUUGAACAGAAAUUCAACUACCGCAGACCCAUGUAUCCCAUUCUCCGGUAUAUGUGGGGCACAGAUGCUUACCGGGAAAGCAUCAAGGCACUGGCUGACUAUGCACUGGAGAACCUGGAAGCGAUGAUCCCUCCUCUCUUUCUGCGCUUCAUUAACCUGCUCAUGAAUGAUGCCAUUUUCCUACUGGAUGAAGCAAUACAGUAUCUGAGUAAGAUCAAGAUCCAGCAGAUCGAGAAGGACCGGGGCGAGUGGGACCGCCUGUCCCCAGAGGCACGGCGUGAGAAGGAAGCCAGCCUGCAAACGUUUGGGCAGCUGGCUCGCUUCCACAACAUCAUGUCCAAUGAAACCAUCGGCACUCUGGCUUUCCUUACCUCAGAGAUCAAGUCCCUCUUCGUGCACCCCUUCCUCGCAGAGCGUCUGAUCUCCAUGCUCAACGACUUCUUGCAGCACCUGGUGGGCCCCAAAAUGGGGGCCUUAAAGGUCAAAGACUUCAGUGAGUUUGACUUCAAGCCCCAGCAGCUGGUUUCUGACAUCUGCACCAUCUACUUGAAUCUUGGGGAUGAUGAGAACUUUUGUGCCACGGUGCCCAAAGACGGGUGGUCGUAUUCCCCAACCCUCUUUGCUCAGACCGUUCGAGUACUGAAGAAGAUUAACAAGCCCGGUGACAUGAUCGUAGCAUUUAGCAACCUGGCAGAACGGAUCAAGUCCCUUGCAGACCGCCAGCAGCGUGAGGAGGAGACCUACUCGGAUGCCUGCGAUGAGUUCCUGGAUCCCAUCAUGAGCACGCUAAUGACGGACCCUGUGCUGCUGCCCUCUUCCCGGGUCACGGUGGACAGAUCGACCAUUGCCAGGCACCUCCUGAGUGACCAGACUGACCCUUUCAACCGGAGCCCCCUUACCAUGGACCAGGUCAGACCAAACUCUGAGCUGAAGGAACGGAUCCAGCGGUGGCUUGCAGAGAGGAAGACGGCGCAGGAGCAGAUGGGUGACAUUUUGUGA